AUAGUGUUUUGAAUUAGAACUCGAGAAUGAGAUUCAAACUAUCACAAGCAGAAAAUCCCUCUCACACCGCCCCCGUGACGUGUGUGGGUUGGAGUAGCACAGAAGAAGUUUAUUCAGCUGGAGAUGACAAUAUUCUCCUAUCCUGGUCAGUAUCCAAUAACACAUCAUCUAAGGUUGCACAGUUUCACAAGGAUUUAUACCCAACUGAUAUGCAAUUCCUUCCAAGAACUAGUGGCUCUGUAGGAAAGCAUGGUGACAUAAUUUUAAUUACGGCUGCAGACGGAAAAUUUCAUAUUUUGAACAGAAACGGAAGAAUAGAGCGUUCCAUUGAAGCUCACAAAGGGGCUGUUUUAGUUGGUCAAUGGAGCAAUGAUGGAUCAGGCUUACUUACAGGUGGAGAAGAUGGAGUCAUUAAAAUUUGGUCUAGAAGUGGAAUGUUGAGAUCUACGGUAGUGUCAAGUGAUAAUUCAAUAUAUUCUGCAUGCUGGUCACCGGAUAGUCAAAGCAUUGCUUAUACUCAAGGAAAGUGCAUUGUUAUAAAGCAGUUGGCCCCAAAUACUAAACCAUUGAAGUGGAAAGCGCAUGAAGGUAUUGUUCUAUGUCUGGCUUGGAGUAGUGCCUCUGAAUUGUUAGUAUCUGGUGGUGAGGACUGCAGAUAUCGUGUGUGGGAUAGUAAUGGACGACAAAUGUUUUCAAGUAUGCUGCAUGACAACCAUAUAGUAUCAUUAGCAUGGUCACCAGCUGGUGACCUAUUCGCUGUAGGAUCUUACAACACUCUUAGACUAUGUAACUAUUCAGGUUGGUCUAGAUCCUUAGAAAAACCAAUUACAGGUUGCAUAUACAAUAUGUCAUGGUCUGCUGAUGGAACUCAAUUGGCUGCAGCAUGUGCUAAUGGACAUGUCCUCUUUGCCCAUGUCAUAGAAAGAAAUGUGCACUAUGCCAAUUUCACUGCGUCACUUACUGAACGUAAGAUAGUAACAGUACACGAUGUUCAAGAAGAAGCUUUUGAAGUAUUGGAUAUACCAGACAGAGUUAUACAGAUGACAAUGAAAUAUUCCCACCUGGUCCUCACGACACCCACACAAUGUUAUAUCUACAACACAACAAACUGGAAUACUCCAGUCAUUUUUGAUUUGAAGGAAGGUUCUGUAAUACUCCUACUUUUAGCUGAAAAACACAUGCUAUUGGUAGAGAAACACAAUAUUAAUCUUUACAACUAUCAGGGAAGGUUAAUAGCAACACCUAGAUGGCCAAACAUGAGGCUUGAAACCUUGAAAAUUUCUCAUAUAUCACUGUCGUCUGACACACUAGUUGUAAGAGAUGCUGGAGACCCAAAAAUAGUUUAUAUUAUCGACUUGAUCAGUAGUCGAAGUGCUGGUGGAGACAACACACAAAAAGUUGAGCAUACAAUGAACAUUUCUCAAAUAUCUCUUGAUCAGUGGGGUCCAGCUACAAACAGAAAUAUGGCAGUUUUAGAUAAAGCGAAAGAUCUUUAUAUUGUAUCUGUAAAAGCCACAAAUAAAACAUUUUGCAAAUUAGGCAGGAAGAUAGAAUCAUAUCAAUGGAAUACUGAAGAAAACUUGAUAGCAGCUAUUCAAGAUACGCAGCUAAUUGUUUGGUAUUGUCCCCAAGCUUCAUAUGAUGCUACAUUACUAAAAUUAUGUUCCUUUUAUUAUGAUUCACCGGAACUGGGCAGAGGUCCAAGAAUUAGCGAUUUUAUAGGUAGCUCUGUUUCUGUAAGAAAAGCUGAUGGUUCUCUGAUCAAUGUGUUUAUUUCACCUCUACCAUCCAUUCUACUGAAAUAUAUUCAAGAAAAUAAGUGGACAGAAGCAUUGAAUCUAUGUCGUUCAAUGAACAAUACAACACUUUGGGCUUGCUUAGCUGUUCUGUCAACACAAUGUAAUCAAACAAAUGAUUCCAUUAGUAUUGCUGAAGAAGCAUUCGCUAAUAUCAAUCACUAUGAGAAAGUAUACUACAUUAAAUACAUAAAAAAUAUAGAAAAUUCAGUACAACAGAAAGCUGCCUUGGCUCUGCUAGGUGGCAAACACCAAGAAGCAGAAUCUAUACUCUUGCACAACGGAAUGGUUUUUCAAGCUAUCUGGACCAAUAUUCAGUUAUAUCACUGGACAAGAGCUUUAGAAUUGGCAAUUAAACACAAGACACAUAUAGAUACCGUUUUAUAUUUGAGGAAACAAUAUCUGAACAUCCUGGGUAAGCCAGAAAACAAUAACCAGUUCAUAGGUAUUCAAGAAAAUGUUAAGUAUGACGACGAGAAAGUUAAGGAAAAAAUCGAUCUUGAAAUGAAGAAGAUGAAUAAAACUGCUUGAAUGAAUAAAUAAAUGAAUAAGUACUUAUGGAACCAAAAACGUUAGAACAAAAUUUAAAAUGAUACAUAUGUAUUUUUAUUAGUUGAAAGAUGUUUUCAUUUUUUUCAUUUUAUGGCUUCAUUCUUACAAGAAAAAUUUUAUGAAUAAAAUGAAAUGAAAUAGAAAGAAAAAAAAAAAAAAGAAAUAGUCCAUUCCUCUAGGAUUUUAAGUUUUUCAUCAUCGACUUCAUCAAUAUUGUUAGCCGAUUCAAUUAAUUCAAGAAUGAAGCCAUGAAAUCGAAAAAAUUAAAUGUCUUUCAAUGAAUAGUAAUCUACAUCAUUUUAACUUGGUUAAAAUAGUUACAAUAUUUCACGAAUAAAUGUUUCAGCAUUCAAUAAAGCUGAUAAUGGACUGGAAAAAA